AUGGCACGGUCGCUCGCUACAACAAAGGAAGAAAGAGAAGAUUUGGAACAGCAAAUAACAAGGAUGAUAUUAAGAGGAGUGGAGAAUUUGGACGUGAUCAGAAGAGAGUUAAAAAGACAGAUUAGGGCAAAGAGGGAGUUUGAGGAGAAAGAAAAAAGACGGGCGGCAGAGGCGGCGGAUGGGGCCGAGGAAGAAGAAGGAAUCACAGUUGAGGUGGAGAAUGCAGAGGAAAACAGAUUGUAUAAAGCUAUAUGUAAAAACAGAUGGGAAAGAGCAAAAGCAUUGUUAGAGAAUAAGCCAAGUGCCUUAACCUCGAAAAUUACUGCUUCUGGCAAAACACCAUUUCAUGUGGCUGCUUUGUUCGGGCAUGUCAAAAUAUUGGAGGAAUUGCUGGAAUUGUUAGACAACCCAGAAUCCCUAGAAACUGUUGAUGAUGUUGGCAAUACUCCACUUUUAAUUGCCACCGUCACUGGAAGCAUUGAAGUUGCCAAAUACCUAGUGGACAAGAAUCCCAAGCUGCUUGGCAUUCCAAACUCAACCAAUGAACUUCCUGCUACACUUGCUCUUCUCAUUGGUCAUCGUGAAAUGGGAAAUUAUCUUUAUUCUCAAACUCCAUUGGAAUACCUCCAACCUAACGACGAUCGCCCUCUUGGUCCUACUCUUCUUCGUUGUUGUUUGGAAACACAAUGUUUUGAUAUUGCUCAUCACUUGCUUAGUAAAUGCCAAGAUUUGCUUUUUGCGUCGGACAACGAGGAUUGGAAGCCAAUUUUUGGAAUCGCAACUAUGAAUUCUACAAUGCCUAGCCCAAGCGAACUUGUCUUUUGGAAACGAUGGAUCUAUGACUAUUUACAUUUUUGCCUUUGUUUCAAUUCGAGGGAGCAGCAUUAUAUGUCUUUUCUCUAUUUGUUUGCUGAUGUGCUAGAUAUAGAUGCGAAUUCAACUCCAAGUUUCCAAAGUGCUUCUUUACCUGUCCAUCAUAAAGACACAAGGGAAAAGGCACAAGGAAAGCUUAUAGGGCCAGCAGUUGCAGCAGGACCUCGUUUGCUUCGACGGCUCAUCUUCUCCGCCUAUAAUUUUGUAGGAAUCAAGAAAUUAAAAGAGCUCAAGUUACUGCAUGCACAAGCAAAUGAAAUUGUUCGGCUAGUUUGUAAGAAUGCAAGCAAAAGAGAUGAAGUGAUCACUGUUGCAGAUGCGUUAUUUCGUGCAGCGAAAGAAGGGAAUGUUGAGUUCGUGGUUCAGAUAUCAAAAGCAAAUCCUGAAAUUUUGCUCAUUGGAGAUAACUCAUAUCGAAACAUUUUCUACCAUGCCAUUGAGCAUCGACAAGCUAGGUUUUUCAGCCUCAUCCAUGGGCUUCGUUUCAAGGACGUUUUUGCUUCAAGCAGAGAUAGAAAUGGAAAUAGCUUGCUACAUGCUGCAGCUACCCAAGCUCCUGCUUCCCUUCUUGACCGCAUCCGCGGGCCAACAUUGCAGAUGCAAAGAGAACUGCAGUGGUUUAAGGAAGUGGAGAAACUAAUACCUACUACUAUUAGGAAAGCACGAAACAGUGAUGGCAUGACGGCGGAAGAAUUAUUCAAACAAAAACAUGAAGGGUUAAUGAUUCAGGAGAAAAUUGGAUAA